AUGCCACCGCGGUGGCCACUGCUCCUCGUAUUGGCCAGUUGCUGGUAUGUCCCCACGAGCAGUCAAGUGAUAAACCGGGCGCCCCACUUCGUCCACGGCGGGGACAUGGCUCGGCUAGCCGUGUCCGAGGGGACGCCACCCGGGGCGCCAGUCUACACUCUCCAGGCCGAGGAUCCCGAGGGCUCGAGGCUCCACUACUCCAUCAGCGGCGAGCACUUCACGGUAGACCGCGAGACCGGCGUCGUCGUCCUCAGGCGGCCCCUGGAUCGCGAGGCCCAGGACCUCAUCGAGGUCAUCAUUAGCAUAACCGACGAGGGCAUAGCGGGCUCCGAGCCAAAUACAGUCUCGCUGCGCCGCGAGAUAGCGGUCCUCGACGAGAACGACAACGGCCCGGUCUACCAUGGCAGGCCAUACGCGGCUCGGGUGCCGGAGAGCGCCCGGGUCGGCGGACUCCUACUGGCGCCCGGGACGAUCACGGUCACCGACCGCGACGGGGGCGUUAACGCCGACGUGGUGGCGAGCUGCGUACCCGCGAGUCGGGACGACGACGCAUGCCGCGUCUUUGCCGUAUCCACCUUGAAGUUAGCGGAAGGAAAGUACGACGUGCAAAUCACGUUAACGGAAGCACUUGAUUAUGAAAGAAGAAACUCGUAUCUCAUUAAUUUAGUUGCUAUCGACGGAGCCAGUGAUCCGCUGAAAAGGUUGCAAGCGAAAGCAACGAUUGCGGUUGACGUGUUGGAUGUGCAGGAUCAGCCGCCGAGUUUUAUAAAUGCGCCGUACAGUGCGGCUCUUCCAGAAAACAGCGUCGCGGGUGUUACGAUCCUUAGUAUCCGAGCGCGCGACGGCGACACCGGCGAAUCCAGAUCGUUGCUGCUCAGCCUCGAGCAGGACGACCGGGGUCACUUCCGACUGGAGGUUAACCACGAGGGCGACCUCACAAUCGGUCACCUCAUCACCACCAACGUGUCCCUCGACCGCGAGGACCCGAGUAUUCUGCAGAACGGGAGCAUUUACAAUUUUGAGGUGAGAGCGACGGAGCUAAUUAACAACGAGAUUCCAGCGGACACGACCACCUCCACCGUCACCAUCGUCGUGACGGACGUCGAUGACAUGACGCCAAAAUUCAACGACGACUUCUUUCAUCUGAAGAUAUCGGAGAACAUCGGCACCGAUACACCCCUGCCUGGUUUGAAUAUGUUUGUGAUCGACGAGGAUGUCGGUGAAAACGCAAGGUACAAGUUAGCAUUGCGAGACGCGCCCAAUUAUCCCGGUAUAAGUGCAGCUUUUGCCAUCAGUCCGGUAAUUGGCCAAGGCCGAGUUCCAAUAGUCAUUAGAUCCAAAGAUCCAAAUGUUUUGGAUUACGAUAUACCUGGCAAUAGAAAUCUCGAGUUCGAAGUUACAGCUUUGGUUAAGGAAGAGAUUGUUGCUGUUUCCACGGUGCGCGUGGAUUUAAUCGAUGCAAACGAUCACAGUCCGGAGUUUUCCCAGACUCUCUACAAACUCUUCGUGCUCGAGACCGCGGAUAUCGGACUGAAAUUCGGGGAUGUGCAAGCGACCGACGCGGACAGUGGCUCCUACGGGGAAUUGACCUAUAACUUGCGCGGCUUUGGCGCCGAAAAAUUCCGCACCGACGCCAAGAGUGGCGGAAUUUCCGUUAUCAAGCCACUGGACUAUGAGAUGCAAAAGUCGUACUCGUUAACGAUGGAGGCAAAGGACGGAGGCGGCAGGAUCACCACGGUCAACGUGCUCGUCGAGCUCGAGGACGUCAAUGACAACGAGCCGAUUUUCGAGCAGCAAGAAUACUCGAGAAUAGUCAGGGAGGGCGCGACGAGUUUCGAUCCUCAAAUGUUCGUCAAGGCUACGGACGCCGAUGGACCGCAGCAGGGCGACGGCAAGAUCAGCUACUCCAUUAUAAGUCACAAUAGCAUGAACGACAACGUGUUUAAGAUAAACGCUGAAACGGGCGAAGUGAGCAUUAUAAGUCCAGUGCGCUCCAGUGACACGGAACGGGGCAUUUACGAGCUGAGUAUCCGCGCGACGGAUUACGGCUCACCGGCCAAGUACACCGAGGCGAAGAUCUACGUGCGCGUCGGCGUACCUGGUAAUCAAAAGCCCAUCUUCCGAGGCAAUUUCAAAUCGAGUCUUCCCGGUCCGAGCUCCUACAGGACGAGAAUCUUCGAGAAUGCGCCAGCCGGUACCGAGGUCAUACGCGUCAUGGCCAAUGACCCGGACGGGAGGGACAAUUUGUUACAAUAUCAGAUAAGAUCGGGCGCUAAGGAUAAUUUUGUCAUCAACUCGAGCUCUGGAUUGAUAAGCGUUUCACCCGAUGCCCGAUUGGAUUUAGAGGCCGGCGGAGACAAGUACGAGGUCAUCGUGUACGCGAUCGACUCAGGAACACCGAUAAGGGAAACUGCAACGACCACUGUCUCCGUCACCAUUAUCGACGUGAAUAAUAAGCCUCCGGUCUUCAUCGACUCAACGCACCUCAUUUACGUCUCGGAGAGAGCUGCCAUUGGUGAGAUGGUUUUAAAAUUAACGGCAACGGAUCCAGAUUCGGAUGCGGAAAUCGAGUAUUCCAUCGUCGAACCCAUUAAAGCAGUGGACAAAACUGGCGUCGCUCUUAAGAGUGGCAUUUACGAUUACAAAACAGCCUUCCGCAUCAAUAGAACAACCGGUGCCAUAUCCGUAAACCAGGCACUCGAUUAUCAAACAGCCGCUGUCAUAAUACUGACAGUCGAGGCGCAAGACGUAAAUGCCGUCGUUAACAAGGAUAAGCAAUUUGCGAGAGCUGACGUAACUGUGUAUGUACAAGCAUACAGUGACGACAAUCCGACUUUCACCAACAUUGGCUGGUCAGUGAAUAAUCCAACGAUUCGAGUGACCAUGCCAGAGGAGCAGCCCUUAGGUACGACUCUCUUAAUGCUUACGGCUAAGGAGCCACAGACAGGAUAUCCCGUGCAGAGGUUUGAACUCGUUCGGGCUGAGGAUGAUAAGGGCUACGUUAACGUUGGUGUGCAGAGUGGUAACGUCGUGUUAAACAAGAGACUGGAUUAUGAAUCUUUGGAAGAGAAGACAAUUCGCUUUAAAGUGAGGGCCUUGACGAGAGAUUAUGAAAUUACUCGACGGAUGUCAGAGGCAAAUGUGAUCGUCAGCAUUCAAGAUAUAAACGAUAAUAGCCCAGUUUUUACGGAAAAAGAUUACAAGAUUUCCGUAUUGGAGUCAGACAAGUUUCCAAAAGUAAUACUAACCGUAAAAGCCAUGGAUCUCGAUAGUGCCAAUUCGGAGAUAGAAAUUAAAAGAGGAUACGGAAUCAUUAGGUACUCAUUGACCGGAGAAAAUGCCAAUUUAUUUGAAAUCGAUUCGAUUACUGGCAGCAUUCGAAUCGCAAACAAUACAAUCUUAAAUCGAGAGAGACAGUCGACCCUUCGAUUAUACGCGGUUGCGUCUGACGUGCCCGAAGGAGGAGCAGAGCAGAUAUCCACAAGGGCAUUGGUAGUAAUCGAUGUUCUUGAUGUCAAUGAUAAUGCCCCGAUCUUUCCACGAGAAAGUUAUACUGCAGUUAUACCGGAAAAUGCACCAACCGGCAUCAGUGUAGUGAAUAUAACGGCAAGUGAUUUGGAUGAAGGUGCCGGGGGGCAAAUUCACUUUGAAAUUAUCGACGAGAGCGAAGCAAAUGGCCUAUUCAAAAUAAAUCAUACAACUGGCGAAAUAAUCUCGAAUCGGGAAUUGACGGGAAAGGGAAGAACGGAGCCAUAUUACAUGCGCAUUCGCGCCCAAGAUUCUGGUGAUCCUGUCUUAUUUUCCGACGUCAUUCUCACAUUGUACAUCGGCGACGUAGUCAGCAACGACGGGGUCCCACUUUUCAUUAGGCCUACUCUCGACGAGAUUGCAUACGUCGCUGAAAACUCCACCAUCGGCAGCCCCGUCUUUCAAGUCGUGGCAUCCGAUCCCGACGACCCCAAUCUCCCUAAUGGCAAGAUAACUUUCAAAUUCUUGGAGGACGGUAACUUUGGCAGCGAUGCCAGCGCUUUUAAUAUCAAUGACCUGACUGGCCUCAUUACCACGAGGCAUUUGCUCGAUCGCGAGACGAAGGAUAGUUAUACGCUUAUUUUAGUGGCUCAAGACCUUGGACAGCCACCCCAACAAACGACGCGCAUCCUCCAAGUCAAGAUCCUGGACAUAGACGAUCAUAAGCCCCAUUUCAAAAGGACUUUCUACAGUCCGCCACUGGAAUUCAGCGUGAAAGAGGAAACACCGAUUGGUAUUAAGAUCGGCACCAUACAGGCCAUCGACGAGGAUAUCGGAGAUAAUGGUAUGAUCGACUAUGCCAUUACGUACGGCAACGAAGCUGGUCUUUUUGCCGUUGAGCGUUCGAACGAUAACGGCGCUGUUAUCAAGUCCGUCGAGAGGCUGGAUAGGGAGGUGACGGAAAAGCACUUACUAACGGUCAAGUGCUUUAAGUAUUCGAGCCGAUAUUUAGAUGCCGUGCCGAAGCCGUAUAAUCGUCAAGAUCCAACGGAACGGCAGGUCCUCGUAAGGAUUGUCGACAUCGAUGAUAAUCGGCCACGAUUCAAGAAAGAUAACUUUACGAUUGGGGUGCGACUAAAUGUGCCCAUCGACACGAGCUUGAUAACGCUGGAAGCUCGAGACGCCGAUUCGGAUGCUCUGCCGAUCGAUUAUAUCAUGGGCCAAGCAUCGUUUAUAUCCCUCGUUGAUCAGUCGAUGUCGAAGAGCUCGGUACCGCCGCCUUUGGCCUUAAAUUUACGAAGUGGCGAGAUACGAACGACUGGCUCACUCGCGAACUAUGCCGACGGUUACAUGGAAAUUCCCAUUUCGGCCAAUAAUUCCGCUCUGCCUGGGCGUGAAACGAACGUUACUCUGCGAAUAUUUUUAUUGCGAGAUCGAGACAUGCUGAAGUUCGUGUUCUCGAAGCCGCCGGUCGAGGUGCGGAGGAAACUCGAGGAUUUCGAGAAAGCUGUGCAGCAUGCCUUGCUGCUACCGAUAUCCGUCAACGUUUACGACACGCAGUUCUACUCGAAGGAGGACAACUCGUUGGACUUCUCGUCGACCAGUUCCUGCUUCCAGAUGGUCGGCAAAGAGUCCUAUAGUUUAAACGAGAUGAAGGCUCUAUUAACCGACUCGAAAAACGACGAGCUCAAGAAAGUUUACAAGACCUUUCAUGUUGAGAAAGUGCAGAAUUGCGCGGCUACCGUUGCACGAGCUGAUGCUUCUGCGACCCAGAUGUGGGUGUUGGUUAUUGCAACGUUAAUUGGCGUAGCCACAAUAACUUCUAGCUUCACAAUAUGCUGCCUGCACUCCAAGUACAAAAAACAAGCUAAACACGCGCGACUACGAGAUCAGCCACGGCCAACAUUAAGCUACGUUUCCUCUGCUCCCGGAAUGAUUAGUUCCGGUUCCCACACGACACUGGGACCAAGUACAAUGAUGUCCAUUGGACAUCACGAGGGGCCAUAUGAAUGGGGAAAUGCUACUUUGUAUCAUCCGAGCACUCUUUCAAGAACGUAGUUGACUUUCUCCGAGAGAAAAUUGAACUAAUCACAGGACGCUGGAAACAGUCGUAAUUGCUUGAUCGGUGUGUUAUCAAAAGUGCCAACAACGUAAUUAAAGAAUGCGUGCCAAUUCGUACUGAUUUGAGACUGUUAAUUGGCCCAUUUUCGGUGCUUGUGAGAAAAAGUUACUAAGUGUUUCAAAUAGGAACUUGAAAUUAAUGGAAAAUGUAUAUUUAUUGCAUGUAUAAAUAAUUAAAUUUACGAGAAAUGAUUAGCGUAUUAGGUUGACAUCCUU